AUGGUUGUGGAAUCGUUCAUCAUCAAUCUUGGAGAAAGAUAUGAUUUCAUACUGUCAACAAACAAGCUAAAAAAUAACUUUUUAUUAGUUGCACAAACACUGGAGGUAGAAAGUGAGAUUACAAGACGUGGUGAAUACCACGUGGCGGAGGCUAUCAUCCAUUACAUAGGUAGAGAUAGAGACCUAAACCUUGCAAAUAGCGGCAAAAAUGAGUGUACCGCGUCAAAGAAAUGUGUGAUUUUCAAUUGUCCUUAUCGUCUUCCUACAGGCGUAAAUGAAACCUGUAAGAAUUUCAAUGACGCGAGAACAGAUGAUUUCAAUUCCCGGCCACUAGAUGUCAGGAAUAUCGACAACGAGCUAUACUUCAAUUUUGCCUUCCCUGGACCUGGUGGCUUUAUGGAAGGAUCGGUGAAUGGUCGCCAAUUCGUGCCUCCUGUCGCCCCGUUAUACUCACAACCCGAAGAUAUCGAUACUCAGUGCGAUGUAAACUGUGGAGACCGGACGUGCCGAUGCACGUACACUCAAGAAAUAGAAUACGGAAAAGUUUACCAGUUUACACUGACUAACCUUGGUAAUGGGAAAGGAUGGUCACAUCCGGUACAUUUACAUGGACAUUCAAUUUACGUCAUGAAGAUGGGUUUUGGACAGUAUGAUCCUAGUGGUAUUUUGACUGAUUCAACAGCGGAUAUAUCAUGUACACGUGGGUCGAAGGGUUACUGUAACUCUCCGAUAUGGGCUGACGAGACUUGGAAUGGAGGAAACGUACCAGACCUAGUUCUAAACGAUGCCGCACAGAAAGACACCAUCCUCGUUCCUACUGAUGGUUACGUCGUCAUCAGAUUCAAGGCAGACAACCCUGGUGCCUGGUUCUUCCAUUGUCACAUCGACUUCCACAACACAAACGGUAUGGGAAUGGUAAUUAUCGAAUCUCCGGGAAUGUAUCCAGAGGUCCCGAAAGACUUUCCAGUUUGCGGGGACUUCGCAGAUAAUCAAGAAAAUGGGAAAGACAGUGCAAUAGGUAUGUUAUAG